AUGGGUACGACUGCGACAGAAGACGUCCACACCAUAGGCAAGAUUGCCAUAGGCAAGGCGCAAGCGAACUUGGAAGAGACGCCAACUGAACCAUUCCUGCCACCGCAGGCCAGCGGCUCGUACAAAGUUGAUGAACGGGUUGUCGCAGAGGUUGUAACUCUCGGAAAGAUAGGAAGGCACAUGUGCGAAGGCGAAUAUGAGUCGCUCAAAGCCAUCUAUGCCAUCUCGCCCUCGUUCGUCCCCCAGCCAUAUGCCUGGGGCAAGCUCGAAGGUGCAGACGAGACGUGUUUCUUACUUGCGGCUUUUCGAGAUGUUGGUGAACAGCCCGCAGAUCCGGUCAAGCUGGCUGCGGGACUCGCUGACAUGCAUCAACGGUCCGUCUCACCAACUGGCAAAUUCGGGUUCCAUUUCUCGACAUGCCAUGCCCGAAUCGCUCAGGCUGUCGAUACAUGGGAAGACUCUUGGUGCACGCUGUAUGGCCGACAUCUAGGCCACGUCAUGGAGCUGGCUAAGCCAAUCCUCAAUUGGCCUGAGUUCGACGUGGUGUGCGAUCUGACGCUCCAGAAGGUUGUGCCCCGUCUUUUGUUGCCGCUCCAAGCAGAAGGUCGUGUGCUAAAACCGUGUCUCAUCCAUGGUGAUUGUUGGGAUGGCAACACCGCGAUGGACGCUAAAACGGGCGAGGCUUUCGUGUUCGAUGUCUGCUCUUUCUACGGGCACAACGAAUACGACACUGGUAAUUGGAGAGCGCCGCGUCAUCGUUUGAGCAGUAAGGCAUAUAUCCGGGCCUACAAGCGCAACUUCCCGGUAUCUGAACCUGUCGAGGACUGGGAUGCGCGCAACCUGCUAUACUCGUUAACAUUCAACAUUGGCAACACGAUCUACAUUCCAGGAUCUCAGCAACGCGAGGUCGUGUACGACGAUAUGACUACGCUGUGCAAGCUCUUCUGCCCAGACGAGUUGAAAGCCGCGAUGGAUAAACUCGCGAGAGAUGCCGCUGGCGUCAAGAGCUUGCAAUCGGGUCGCGCGAGGGUUGAUGAGGUUGUCGGUAACACCGGGGUCGGUGCGCAGGAAGAAGAAGAAGAAGAGGAAGAAGAACUGCCACUCUGA